UUGUCUCUUUCUGUUUUACAGAGUAAGAAAGUUAGUCUGAGUUCUGUGAAAAACCAGAGAAGAGGAACUAAGAGGAUAGUAGACAAGGACUUUCCAAUUUGCAUAAUAUUUCCUUCAUGGAUACAUUUCCAUAGCAUUAUUAUGUGAUGUGAGAAGUUUUUUUUUUUUUUUUGAAGUAACAUGGAUUUUAUACUACAGAAUCAAGAGAUUGGCUUUAUAGGAAAAGUUGAUUUAUAAAAAGUGGUACAGGUUUUUAUAGAUAACCAUGACAACAUCCCAUAUGAAUGGGCAUGUUACUGAGGAAUCAGACAGCGAAGUAAAAAAUGUUGAUCUUGCAUCACCAGAGGAACAUCAGAAGCACCGAGAGAUGGCUGUUGACUGCCCUGGAGAUUUGGGCACCAGGAUGAUGCCAGUACGUCGAAGUGCACAGUUGGAGCGUAUUCGGCAACAGCAGGAGGACAUGAGGCGUAGGCGAGAGGAAGAAGGGAAAAAACAAGAACUUGACCUUAAUUCUUCCAUGAGACUUAAGAAACUAGCCCAAAUUCCUCCAAAAACUGGAAUAGAUAACCCUAUAUUUGAUACAGAGGAGGGAAUUGUCUUAGAAAGUCCUCAUUAUGCUGUGAAAAUAUUAGAAGUGGAAGACUUAUUUUCUUCACUUAAGCAUAUCCAGCAUACUUUGGUAGAUUCUCAGAGCCAGGAGGAUAUUUCACUGCUUUUACAACUUGUACAAAAUAAAGAUUUCCAGAAUGCAUUUAAGAUACACAACGCUGUCACAGUACACAUGAACAAGGCCAGUCCUCCAUUUCCUCUUAUCUCCAAUGCACAAGAUCUUGCACAAGAGGUACAAACUGUAUUGAAGCCACUCCAUCAGAAGGAAGGGCAAGAAUUAACUGCUUUGCUGAAUGCUCCACAUAUUCAGGCACUUUUGCUGGCCCAUGAUAAGGUUGCUGAGCAGGAAAUGCAGCUGGAGCCCAUUACAGAUGAGAGAGUUUAUGAAAGCAUUGGCCAAUAUGGAGGAGAAACUGUAAAAAUAGUUCGUAUAGAAAAGUCUCGAGAUAUUCCAUUGGGUGCUACUGUUCGUAAUGAAAUGGAUUCUGUCAUCAUUAGUCGGAUAGUAAAAGGAGGGGCUGCAGAAAAAAGUGGUCUGUUACAUGAAGGAGAUGAAGUUCUGGAGAUUAACGGAAUUGAAAUUCGGGGGAAAGAUGUCAAUGAGGUUUUUGACUUGUUGUCUGAUAUGCAUGGUACUUUGACAUUUGUUCUGAUUCCCAGUCAACAGAUCAAGCCUCCUCCUGCCAAGGAAACAGUAAUCCAUGUAAAAGCUCAUUUUGACUAUGACCCCUCAGAUGACCCUUAUGUUCCAUGUCGAGAAUUAGGUCUAUCUUUUCAAAAAGGGGAUAUACUUCAUGUGAUCAGUCAAGAAGAUCCAAAUUGGUGGCAAGCCUACAGGGAAGGGGACGAAGAUAACCAGCCCCUAGCCGGGCUUGUUCCAGGGAAAAGCUUUCAGCAGCAAAGGGAAGCCAUGAAGCAAACCAUAGAAGAAGAUAAGGAGCCAGAAAAAUCAGGAAAACUAUGGUGUGCAAAGAAGAAUAAAAAGAAGAGGAAAAAGGUUUUAUAUAAUGCCAAUAAAAAUGAUGAUUAUGACAAUGAAGAGAUCUUAACUUAUGAGGAAAUGUCACUUUAUCAUCAGCCAGCAAAUAGGAAAAGACCUAUCAUUUUGAUUGGUCCACAGAACUGUGGCCAGAAUGAAUUGCGUCAGAGGCUCAUGAACAAAGAAAAAGACCGCUUUGCAUCAGCAGUUCCUCAUACAACUCGGAGUCGGCGAGACCAUGAGGUAGCUGGUAGAGAUUACCACUUUGUUUCACGGCAGGCAUUUGAGGCAGACAUAGCAGCUGGAAAGUUCAUUGAACAUGGUGAAUUUGAGAAAAAUUUGUAUGGAACCAGCAUAGAUUCUGUACGGCAAGUGAUCAACUCGGGCAAAAUAUGUCUCUUAAGUCUGCGUACACAGUCAUUGAAGACUCUCCGGAAUUCAGACUUGAAACCGUAUAUUAUUUUCAUUGCACCCCCUUCACAAGAAAGACUUCGGGCAUUAUUAGCCAAAGAGGGCAAGAAUCCAAAGCCUGAGGAGUUGAGAGAAAUCAUUGAGAAGACUAGAGAGAUGGAGCAGAACAACGGCCACUACUUUGACACAGCAAUUGUGAACUCUGAUCUUGAUAAAGCCUAUCAGGAGUUGCUUAGGUUAAUUAACAAACUUGAUACUGAACCUCAGUGGGUGCCGUCCACCUGGCUGAGGUGAAGAAAACACCCCUUCUGUGGCAUGAUUGAACUUGGUCUGGCAAACUGCCGAUAGGAAGAUAGCCCUGAUACUUCAGCAAGACUCUGAGAAAGUGGCAGGCAGUGUAAACUGUAGACUUGGUCUUAGAUCUUGACCUAGAGAUAAGAAAAUCCCCUUAGGCAAUUUAACAGAAGUCUUUAUUCUCUGUACAUGGCUUUAGAGGUUCUUGCCACAUUUGGGGAUUUUAAAUGGGAGGUUUUCAACAGAGGAAUUCAUUUUAUCCAAAACCUUUUAGUUCUGUUUUCACCUAACUAAAUCUUUCUGUGUGGUCAAAUUUCCAUGAAAAAUGUGUGUGUAUAUAUACACAGUGGUCCAUGUCUCACAUAGUAAUGUUAUUUAACAGUUAAAUGACUGCAUGGGAAUUUGAGUUUGAGGGGAAGCUGUGCUUCUGUGCACAGGGCAAGACAGUAUUUGGUUAGAAGACUGGUUUAGUCAUCAGAUAUUCUUUACUUAAAAAAAAAAUGGUGCCACUUUGGUCUGGAGCUACCAUGUUGGGCUUGAAUCCAUUUGUAUAUCUUUUAAUUCUUAAAAAAAAAUUCUGUUAGAAGCAUCGAUUUUUUAGCUCAGAUUUUGUGGAUGAGACUUCACUGCACAGUCAGCAGACUCUGAUCUAAAACAUACACAACAUAUGCUGAUCUUUUUAAAGAUGCAAUGAUUUUUUUUUCUGAAUAUUUUCCUUAAAUUAUUGCAGCUGAUUUGAUAACCUUACUACCUUUACUUCCUUUUUCUGAUCUAUAUAGUACAAUAGAAUGUAUGUUACACUUUUAUGAGUAGCAGGUGUUCAUAUAAACUGUUGACUAUUAAAAAGUUUCUUCGUGAUGCAGAUAUUUUAAUAUACAUGAGAGGAUAUAUAGCACAUUUGACAGUUUUUGCAUUUUUAUACAUGAGCACAGUAUAAUUUGAUGACUGUGCUAUAUAUAGGUAAUAAACUGGAAUUCUGUGAUCAAUACAGCUGCUGUACUGUAUACUAAUAUUUAAUAGAUACAAAUGGUCAUUGAUUACACUUGUUCAGUAUUGGAAUAAAAUUAUAUGAGGGAAAUACUAUGACAAUUGACUUUGAGAUCAGAAGGAAAGGAUGACCUGAAAGUCAUUAGAACAUUUUAGGAAAAGAACAUUGGGAAAAAGUUAAGCAAAUAGCUUUUAUCCUAACAAGGUCUGCCUCUUAUGACCAGAAAGCAACGGCGUGCUAAACCAUGAAACGUUUAAGCUAAUAAGAUUUUUGUACUGUCUCUUUACCUUGUAGCUUUAAAAUUCAACUUCUGAAUUGGCAUGGAAAGUUAAUUUGUUGUCUUUUCAAGCCUUUAGGGGAUGGUGUGAUGUGUGACAACCAACCUCAAAUGUGAAUGUCUUGAUUUUAUGAUGAUUUUAGCUACAAUUCCUGUACCCAAAGCUGAACACUGGAAUAAUACUGAAUCGUCACUUAAUUUAACAUAUGCGAUUGUUUUUAAUGAGUAGUUUGUCUCAGUGUCAUGUGUAUGUUUGACUUUUUCUUUUACAUAAUUUUAUUUGAACAAAUGUAGACAGUGUUUUUAUAUGUUGCCUUUUUCUGUUCAAAUUUGCAUGGCCUCAAAUUUGGCUGCAGAGUAUGUCUUAUGUGGAAAUACUUUCAAGAUAAUGUUCCUUAGGAAGAAAGUAACAUUCCUGGGUUAAGGGAAGGAAUGCCAUAUAUACUGUCUCUUCAGGUCUGAAGCACUCCAGUUUAUGGCGGGAAAAUGCAAAGGUCACACUGACUUUCAGCGUUGAAAACAAAGGACUGUAAGUACUUAAUCUUGAAAUCAGUUUUCCAGUUUACUUUCUCCUCAGGAAUGGAAGGUAAUCUACGGUAGACAGUGGUGUUUUGUGAGCUGCUUAUCAUUAACUGACAACUGUUUUCAACCCUAAGAUCUAAAAUGCUGGCAGUUCGAGUCAAGUUAGAAUGAGAUUUCAGGGUGCGUAAGUGGCUGCUGUGCUAGUCCGAGUUAGCCUGCAGACCACAGAGCCCCCCGAGGGCCGUGUGCUGUUGAGACUCACACAAGGCUUUAACAAGCAAGCCCAAGUCUGCUACCAGGGCACGUGCUGCAGUAUAUCUUUAAGAAGUCUUAAGGUGAUGAGGUCAUUUGGGGGUCAGUGGAGUCCUGUAGUUCUCGCCUGCCUCUUCAGCAGUGGUAGAGGGAUGGAAAUGUUUGUCCUCAGUCCUAGUGGUAUGGAUGUGCUCAUAUUCAACAGAGCCCCUAAACAAAGUGAAAACUCAGUUGUUGCUGACUUCCUUGAAAGAAAAUGGAAAAAAGCCUUCCUCUACACCUAGCUGUGCUAUAAUACCGCUCUGGCAAAUUCCAUUUCCUGUCCCUCUGUGGUUCUGAUUGGGGACCCCAGUGUGGGGGAGGUCUUAACCACUUAUAGGAAUGAUACCAAUAGUUAAUGAAAUGCACAUUAGUUCACAUAAGGAAAUAACCUUCCUUUACUAAAUUUUCUUAACUCAGAAACAGAAGAAUAGUGUUUAUUAGAUUAAUCCAGAUUUGCUUUCUAUGAAAAUCUAAUGUCUGGAUUUUUUUUCUCAUGGCCUAAGGAACACAUAUUGAUAAGGAAUAAUUUGAAUGUAAUUUUGUGAAUGUGUGUGGAAAAUAUAAACCAGGGAUUUAGCCUUUAUAAAGGUAACCUUUCUGACAUCUAUUGUUAAUCCUCUAUACUCUUAUCCUGCCUGUAUCUGCACUCUGUUAUUUUGAGAUGUCAUACUGCACACAGCAAUGUAAAAAUAAAAAGUAAAAUUUUAUUUCAAAUUUAAAAA